AUGUUGAUUCUUGAAAUGAUUGGAGGAAGGAAGAACUAUGACACCGGAGGAUCGUGUACUUCUGAAAUGUACUUUCCAGAUUGGAUUUAUAAAGAUCUUGAACAAGGUAAUACUAAUAAUACACUUUUAAAUUGUUUGACAGUACCAGAAGAAAAUGAUAUGGUUAGAAAAAUUACUAUGGUGAGUCUAUGGUGCAUUCAGACAAAUCCUUCAGACAGACCGCCCAUAAAUAAAGUAAUAGAAAUGCUGCAAGGACCACUCUCAUCAGUGUCAUGUCCUCCAAAUCCGUUCUUGUUUUCUUCUGAAAGGCAACCACUGCCGGUAGAAUGGAUAUCCUCAUCUGAUUUGAAUGAGACAAAUUCAAUUAUAGAAUCAAAAUAA